GGCUGAGGCUGAGAGGUGGGAGCGGGCGCCGCCGCCGCCUGCUCGGGCUGAGCGGCCGCGGGGCCGGGCACAGAGGGCAGGCAGCGGGGCUGACGGACGGGACAGAGACGGGCCGCAGCAUCAGCAGCCAUGGAUCACUACGACCCGCAGCAGACCAACGACUACAUGCAGCCGGAGGAGGACUGGGACCGGGACCUGCUCCUCGACCCGGCCUGGGAGAAGCAGCAGAGGAAGACGUUUACAGCAUGGUGUAAUUCUCACCUCCGCAAGGCUGGGACACAGAUUGAGAACAUAGAGGAAGAUUUCAGGGAUGGUCUUAAACUCAUGUUACUUCUGGAAGUCAUUUCAGGUGAACGUUUGGCUAAGCCAGAAAGAGGCAAAAUGCGAGUGCACAAAAUAUCCAAUGUGAACAAGGCCUUGGAUUUCAUUGCCAGCAAAGGAGUCAAACUAGUAUCCAUUGGAGCAGAAGAAAUCGUGGAUGGCAAUGUUAAAAUGACUCUUGGAAUGAUUUGGACCAUCAUCCUUCGUUUUGCCAUUCAGGAUAUCUCAGUUGAAGAGACAUCUGCUAAAGAAGGACUUUUGUUAUGGUGUCAGAGGAAGACAGCCCCCUACAAAAAUGUAAACAUCCAGAACUUCCAUAUCAGUUGGAAGGAUGGCCUUGGUUUCUGUGCUUUAAUUCAUAGACACCGUCCAGAGCUCAUCGACUACGGGAAGCUACGAAAGGAUGAUCCUCUCACUAAUCUAAACACAGCUUUUGAUGUGGCUGAGAAAUAUCUGGAUAUUCCCAAGAUGCUGGAUGCAGAAGACAUUGUUGGAACUGCCCGUCCUGAUGAGAAAGCCAUCAUGACCUAUGUUUCUAGCUUCUACCACGCCUUCUCAGGAGCCCAGAAGGCGGAGACGGCAGCAAAUCGUAUCUGUAAGGUGCUGGCAGUCAACCAAGAAAAUGAACAGCUCAUGGAAGACUACGAAAAACUGGCCAGUGAUCUGCUGGAGUGGAUCCGUCGCACCAUCCCCUGGCUGGAGAACCGGGCCCCAGAGAACACCAUGCAAGCCAUGCAGCAGAAACUGGAGGACUUCCGGGACUACCGCCGCCUGCACAAGCCCCCCAAGGUCCAAGAGAAGUGCCAACUUGAGAUCAACUUCAACACCUUGCAGACCAAGCUGCGGCUCAGCAACAGGCCAGCCUUCAUGCCUUCAGAAGGGAAAAUGGUCUCGGAUAUAAACAAUGCCUGGGGUGGCCUAGAGCAGGCUGAGAAGGGCUAUGAGGAGUGGCUGUUGAAUGAGAUCCGGAGGCUAGAGAGGCUGGAUCACCUGGCAGAGAAGUUCCGGCAGAAGGCAUCCAUUCAUGAGUCCUGGACAGAUGGUAAGGAAGCAAUGCUGCAGCAGAAGGAUUAUGAAACUGCCACCCUCUCGGAGAUAAAGGCCCUGCUGAAGAAACACGAGGCUUUUGAGAGUGACCUGGCUGCACACCAGGACCGCGUGGAACAGAUUGCUGCUAUUGCACAAGAGCUCAAUGAGCUGGACUAUUACGACUCUCCCAGUGUCAAUGCCAGGUGCCAGAAGAUCUGUGAUCAGUGGGAUAAUCUGGGUGCCCUAACCCAGAAACGCAGAGAAGCCUUGGAGAGGACAGAGAAGCUACUGGAAACGAUUGACCAGCUGUACCUUGAAUAUGCCAAACGAGCUGCCCCUUUCAAUAACUGGAUGGAAGGGGCCAUGGAGGACCUGCAGGACACAUUCAUUGUUCACACCAUUGAGGAAAUCCAGGGAUUGACCACAGCUCAUGAACAGUUCAAAGCCACUUUACCAGAUGCCGACAAGGAGCGACAGGCCAUCCUGGGAAUCCACAAUGAAGUUUCAAAGAUUGUCCAGACGUACCAUGUCAACAUGGCAGGAACAAAUCCUUACACUACGAUCACUCCACACGAGAUCAAUGGCAAAUGGGAACAUGUGCGGCAACUGGUUCCCAGAAGAGAUCAAGCCCUGAUGGAAGAACAUGCUCGUCAGCAGCAAAAUGAACGACUUCGUAAACAGUUUGGUGCACAGGCCAAUGUCAUUGGACCCUGGAUCCAGACUAAGAUGGAGGAGAUUGGCCGCAUUUCAAUAGAGAUGCAUGGGACCCUGGAGGACCAGCUCAACCACUUGCGGCAAUAUGAGAAAAGCAUUGUGAAUUACAAACCAAAGAUUGACCAGCUGGAAGGAGACCAUCAACAGAUCCAGGAAGCUCUUAUCUUCGACAACAAGCACACCAACUACACCAUGGAGCAUAUCCGAGUGGGCUGGGAGCAGUUACUAACAACAAUUGCUAGAACCAUCAAUGAAGUGGAAAACCAGAUUCUGACCCGCGACGCCAAAGGAAUCAGCCAGGAACAGAUGAAUGAGUUCCGGGCUUCUUUCAACCAUUUUGACAGGGACCACUCCGGCACACUUGGCCCUGAGGAAUUCAAAGCCUGUCUCAUCAGCUUGGGUUACGAUAUUGGAAACGAUGCACAGAAGAAGACUGGUAUGAUGGAUUGUGAAGAUUUUCGAGCCUGCCUUAUCUCCAUGGGUUACAAUAUGGGGGAGGCAGAGUUUGCCCGCAUCAUGAGCAUCGUCGACCCUAACCGUCUGGGUGUAGUGACGUUCCAGGCCUUCAUCGACUUCAUGUCACGGGAAACAGCAGAUACAGACACUGCUGACCAGGUUAUGGCUUCCUUCAAGAUCCUGGCUGGAGAUAAGAACUACAUCACUGUGGAAGAACUACGUCGGGAACUGCCUCCUGAUCAGGCUGAAUACUGCAUUGCUAGAAUGGCACCCUACAAUGGCCGUGAUGCUGUACCCGGUGCCCUGGACUACAUGUCCUUCUCCACAGCGCUCUACGGCGAAAGUGACCUUUAACUUUUUUCUGCCCCACCACACGCUCCCUCCCCCUCUCCCAUCCAACACGCCCUUCUUUCUCUUUGCAAAGCAGCCUCUGCUCCGCUCUUUUUGUGUUUCCCUGUUUUGCUUCAGAUAACAGAUCACAUUUUUAAGUGGGGGGGGAGGACAUUGACAUGGCGCAGCCUACCUUGCCCUUGAAAUGACAGUUUACAAAAUUAUUUUGUGCAAAAAAAGUUACAUUUUAAAAAGAACAGACAUAUUUUAUUAUAGAAAAAGGUAUUUUUCUCCACCAGAUUGAAACUUAAAAAGAAAAUGUUAAAAUAUUGCACCAAAUAUUUUUUGUUGUGACAUAGAAAGUCAAGCACAAUGUUACAUUCCAUCCUUUCCAAAAAGAACCAACCAACAACAAAACACCACUUGUUCUGUUAACUUCUACAUUUACGUAUGUCUCUCUUAUCACGUUUAUCUUGGGAGGGGGGAAGGCACACAAGUGCAUGUGUUUGCUGGUUCACUCAUUUCAUGAAAAUAUUUUAUGAUAAACUUUUGAAAUUGCUGUGUUUUCUAGGGAAAAAAUAAUGUACACAGCUCGUUUUCAUAUUUAAUUAAAAAUACAAUAUGCCUCCUAUGUUUAUCAGUGCACAACUUUUUUUGUUGCUGAGAGUUGUCUGGUUUCAGAACAUGAAGCUUGAGAGUUGGUAACUUUGAUAUUGCUUGUCACAAACCAUAUUAAAAUUUUCUUGUGAUAACAA